CUGCCUCCUUUCCGGGGCUUUUUCCCCCCCUCCUUCCCCCCCCCACCCCCCUUCUUUUCGUUGUUACUCCACACCCGUUGCCAAACCCUGGAUGAUCCAUGCUUGUCCUCUUUGCCUGGAGAGCAUAAAUACCACUGGGGAGCUCUGUGAGACUGCACUUGGUAUGAGUUGCUGAGCUGAGACCUUGCACAUCUCGCACCUCCCGAGGCUUGUUCCAUCCUUCUCCCCUCCUCCUAGCUUAAAUAUUUCAGAUACAUAAUUUAUUUUCCACAAGCAGGCUUGGAGAAGCUGCAAUUACCUGGAGACUUGGAAGUACUCAGCGAGAUCUGUGUUGAGCCAUAGGAGUCCCAGCAAGAAAACCUACUGUCACCUUCAUCUUUGCUUCUACUGGCUGUAAAGGAGGAAGCAUGAAUCCUGCCCUGCCUUGGAUCAUUCCUCUUGGAUGUGUACUGCUCCUGACAGUGACAGCUGAAUGCUUUAUCUUGCCCAACUCAAGUCACCUGGAGAGCAUCCUGAGUAAAUAUCGGGAUGGGGAAGCUCACUCCAGAUCCAAGAGAGCCAUUUUAUUCUCAGACAGACAGGAGAUCCUGAUGCUCCACAAUAAAUUGAGAGGUCAAGUUUACCCAGUGGCCUCUAAUAUGGAAUACAUGACCUGGGAUGAUGAGCUGGAAAGAUCAGCCCAGGCCUGGGCUCAGCAGUGCAUCUGGGACCACGGGCCCAGUGACCUCAUCAGGUCCAUCGGGCAGAACUUGGCGGUUCACUGGGGCAGGUAUCGAUCCCCAGCUUUCCACGUCCAAUCUUGGUAUGAUGAAGUCAAAGAUUACACAUUCCCUCAUCCUCACGAGUGCAACCCGUGGUGCCCGGACAAGUGCACAGGCUCUAUGUGCACGCACUACACCCAGAUAGUCUGGGCCACGACCAACAAGAUUGGCUGUGCUGUCAACGUCUGCAAGCAGAUGAAUGUCUGGGGAGAAAUCUGGGAGAACGCUGUCUACCUGGUCUGCAACUACUCCCCCAAGGGCAACUGGAUCGGAGAAGCUCCGUACAAGACCGGCCGUCCCUGCUCCGAGUGCCCCCCAAGCUAUGGAGGAGGCUGCCAGAACAACCUCUGCUACAAAGCACAAGUCAUUACCUGUGAAACCAAGAUGAGAGACAAAUGCAGAGGCUCAACAUGCAACAGGUAUUUGUGCCCAGCUGGCUGCUUGUACAGCAAGGGAAAGAUCUUUGGAACAUUUUAUUAUGAAAGUUCAUCAAGCAUUUGUCGUGCUGCCAUCCAUUAUGGCAUCCUGGAUAACGAAGGAGGGCUGGUGGAUAUCACGAGGAAGGGGAGAACACCUGCUUUUGUGAAGUCCACCAGGAACGGCGUGGAGUCUUUUAGGAAAAGUAAACCUUCAAACGCGUUCAUGGUUUCCAAAGUCACGACACAGACACUGGAUUGUUACACCACGGUAGCUGAGUUGUGCCACUUCAAAAAGCCAGCGAGUCACUGCCCCAGGAUUUAUUGUCCAGCCCACUGUAAAGAUGAGCCAUCGUACUGGGCACCCGUGUUUGGCACCAACGUUUAUGCAGAUAGCUCCAGUAUCUGCAAAACUGCAGUGCAUGCAGGAGUCAUUUCAGAUGAAAGAGGUGGCUUUGUGGAUGUGAUGCCUGUAGAAAAGAAGAAGAGUUACGUUGGCUCCUUAAAGAAUGGCGUCCAGUCGGAGAGCUUGAAGAAUCCUUCAGAUGGCAAUGCCUUCCGAAUUUUUGCUGUGAAGCAGUAAAUUCCCAGGGAAGGUGCAGGUUUCUUUGGGAGAGCGCUCUGUCGACCUCCGGAGACGCGAAAGCUCCUCUGACGGCAUCAGCUCUGACCGUACCCUCCUUGCCGAUCUCUUUCAGGGAAUUCUAAAAGAAAAGGGACAC